AUGUCCGCCUCCGGCGCGGUGCCCGGGGCUGCUGCCGGCGCGGUGGCGGUGCCCACGGGGGAGUGCUACUUCUGCGCCGGCGCGCCGGCGGUGGUGUACUGCCGGGCGGACGCCGCGGGGCUCUGCCUGCCGUGCGACCGCCACGUCCACGGCGCCAACACGGUCUCCUGCCGCCACGCCCGGGCCCCGCUCUGCGCCGUCUGCCGCGCUGCCGCGGCCACCGUCCGCCGCGGCGCUGCCCGGUUCCUCUGCUCUAACUGCGACUUCGAGGAGCAGCAGCACGGAGAGGGGGAGCUGACGGAGCCGCCGCCGCUGCUGCACGACCGUGGCACGGUGGAGGGCUACACCGGGUGCCCCUCGGUAGGCGAGCUAGCGGCGAUCCUCGGUGUCUUCCUCGGAGACAAAGCGGCUGAGGCGUGGUGGCCUCUUUGGGAGGAGCCCCAGGUGCUCAGCUUCGACGACGUCGUCGUGCCGACCACCGCCUGCCAUGGCCUCCAGCCCCUCCUCACCUCCUCCUGUCCCAAGAACCGGAGCUCGCCCUGUGGGGAGCUGGACGGCGAGGUUCUCCGGCAGCUCGGGGAGCUCACCAAGUCGGAGGAGGCGGCAGCGUAUGUCGAGGACCCGGAGCCGGCCGGCGUUGAUCAGCUGCCUCCGCCAUGGGGAUCUUCAGAUUGCGCCGCUAUUGGGCACGGUGAUAUUGGGACUCCCGGAGCCGAGGCCAUCUGCGCGGCAGCAAUCCUGCAUGUACCUCCGUAUCAGCAGCUGCAGGAGGCGUGGAUCGUGACGAGUUGCAACGAACUUCCCGAGCAAGUCUCGGCGAGCUCGUCGGCCGAGCCGAGCCUGUCGUCGUUCGUGGAGGUGUCGGACGUCUGCCCCGGCCUGAGCCGCAGCGGCAGCAGCGCCGACGACGCCGCCAACGCCGGGCACGAUCACCCGUCGCCUGCAGCGGCACCUGUUGCGGCGACGCCGGCGCAAGCGCAAGCUGCAGCUCAGGCGACCAAGAAGGUCGGCGGCUACGACGUGGUCUACCCUGACCGCGGCAAGGUGAUCUCGCGCUACAAGGAGAAAAGGAAGAACAGGAUGUUCGGGAAGCAGAUCCGGUACGAGUCGCGCAAGGCCCGCGCCGACGGCAGGGUGAGGAUCAACGGCCGCUUCGCCAAGUCGAGCUAG